AUGGGUUCAAUCGUAUUAAAAAGUCUCUCUAUACUUUUGGGUAUUUUCUUCAUAUUUAUGGGUGUAACAAAGAUAACUCCAUUUAUUUCAAAGGAGUUACAUAAGGAAUUGCGGAAAGAAUAUGUCAGAUACGCGAAAGUGUUUCCGUUGAGUGAAAUGCUCGAUUUUAAAGUGCCAUCGAAAUGGUACAGACGAACGAUUGGUGGCUGCGAGAUUCUCUUUGGGUUAUCUCUGGCUCUUAUACCUUACCAGAGGAUUAAAAAUGCAGCAAAUAUUGGCCUUAUCUUAUUGAUGAUAUUGGCGACAUACUCUCACAUAGCAAUCAGCGAUCCCUUUGACCGCUGUGCACCGACCAUCGUCUUUUUCUUCAUGCUGUGUGGUCGACUUGUCGUCUGGUACCAAACCCAUCGCCGGGAAAUGCUGGAGAAAUUAGUCGCAGCGCAGAACGGAAACGGCCUCAAGAGGGAUUGA